CUGUUGUUCAGCAAUAAAUGCUGGAAUAUCUCCAUCAGUUCAGAAGUGCAGACGAGCAUCAGAGCAUCAGGAAGAGCUGAGAUCUGAUCAAAGACUGGGUUUAUUAAAGAGGACAGAGAGAAGAUGAGAGAUCCAGAGCCCUGCAGAAUCAAACACACUCUGAUGGAAGAGAGCGAGGAGAGUGAAGAACUGAGUGAAGUGGAGGAAAAACAUCAUGAUAAACCUGGAGAAAAAACCUCGGGUCGCUCGAAGACUAAAAAUAUAUUUUUAAAGAAAAGAAGAGCCGAGAAAUCUUUCACCUGCACUCAGUGUGGGAAGAGUUUCCCAUUCAAGCGAAGUCUUGAGCGUCACAUGAGAGUUCACUCUGGAGAGAAACCAUUCAUUUGUGAUGACUGCGGGAAGAGCUUCACACAAAAAGUACACCUUAAAUAUCACAUGAGGAUCCACACCGGAGAGAAGCCGUAUGCAUGCGAUCAGUGCGGCAAAACAUUUCUUCAGUCAUCAAACCUGAAGGAACACCUGACAGUUCAUACGAAGGAGAAGCCGCAUUCAUGUUCUGUGUGUGCAAAGAGUUUUUCACUGCUGAAAAGUUUAAAAGUACAUCAGAAAAUACAUGCUGGUGUGAGAGAGUACAUGUGCUUUGAGUGUGGGAAAACUUUUAUUUCAGCGAGCUGUUUAAAACAGCACGAGAGGAUCCACACUGGAGAGAAACCUUACAAGUGUUCACACUGUGACAAGACAUUCAGUCAGUUAGGAAAUCUGAAAGCACAUGAGAGGAUCCACAGCAGAGAGAAGCCACACACGUGUGAUCAGUGCGGGAAGAGUUUCACUUUUAAAAGUCAGCUGAAGCUACACACGAGGAUGCAUGCAGUGGAGAAACCAGAUCACCACAGUCUGAGAUCACGGUCAGUAGUUCAUGUUCAUGUGCUGAGAAACAAGGUGUCUUCUGUGGAAGAGCUGUGACGAUCGACAGGCCAUUUUG